AUGGUACUAAAUAGCAUUAUUUAUGUAACAAAAUCCAUGCAAGCUUCAGGGUUCAAGAACCAUGAAGGACGCAGAGUGGAUUAUCCGUGGAGGCCUAUGCACAUAGAGGCAAGUAUAUGCAAUGCAGACCGGGGAGAGGUUGAUUGGUCUCAAGCUCCUUUCAGUACUCAUUAUCAAGAUUUCGAUUUUAAUGCUUGCCCAACUCAAAUCAACAUUAUUUUGCAAUGUAAUUCGAAAAAGUAUUUCUGGAACAACUUGAAGCUCAAUGCGAAGCAAAAACAGAAAUCGGAUACAGAAGAUCGAUAUGAAAUAUGA